AUGGCGAGACAGGUCCAAAGACUUGCCGUGACGCCGCCGUCCGAGGAUUCCGACAAUGUCAACUCGAGCUCGCGUUACACAAAUCGUUUAUCGUCGUCGUCGUCAAGUCAUCAGUCUGCCGCAGACGCCCCGCCCCGCGCCCACCGCGCCUGCGAAAAAUGCACCAGAACCAAGAAGAAGUGCGACAAAGGCCUGCCCGCUUGCUCGAGAUGUACCAGACUCACCACCAAUUGUUGCUACGACUUUGUCGUCAACCCGCCAUCCCUCACCAUUGUCGAUGCGCAGGGCGCCACUGGCAAUGCCAACUCUUCUGGCGGCGACGCCCGGCCUGCCUUCGACUGGCUCAAUCAGGUCGACUUCACUGCUGAUCAGAUAAUGCAGCUCCUGAACGGAAACGGCAUCGACUGGAAAGCUUCCAUCAACACCUACUUCAACACCGUCAACACAUGGCUCCUCGUAAUCCACCCCGAGGUCUGGCAGGCACGAUGUGCUGCGGCCCAGCUCGACACCAACCCCAGCGACUCCGACCUGGCCUUGCUUGUCUUGUGCAUCCACCUACUGACCAUCUGGAAUUGUGACGAGUUCUCGUCUACCGCUAUGCUUCAUCAUCCGCUCUAUCAGUCAGCCAAGCGGAUAUGGACUCUGAGGAAAGCGUUCUCAAAGCCCAAGAUUGAGCAUGUCCAGUGCGGUGUUCUGAUAUCACUGUACGAGCUGGGCCAUGGCGACAUCACUCGCUGCUACCGCACUUUCGGCGAGACGGCUUCUAUCGGCAAGGUGUUGAAUCUCAGACCAGGUAAAUACAUUGAGGGCGAAGAGGACCUGCCUGCUGAGCCCGAAGAAGAGCAAAUACGAGCUCUUUGGUGGGUCCUUGUGAUCAUGGAUAAGAUCUCCCACGAGCAAUCCGCAACACUUUGGACACCGCUCCAGAUGGACAUGCCUUCUGACGACGACCUUCUCCCGACGGAGCAUCUUCUUUGGGAUAACGACAGAAACGGCCCAAUCAAGAUGAUCAAGCGGUACCCUAGUAACAUCCCGGCGUCGGUGCGCGUUGGCGCCUUUCAAAGGUCCUGCCAAGCCGCCAUACUUCUUGGCUACGCCGUCAAUUGGGAGGCGGCAAACGCCGAAAUCGAAGAACCCCCGACUGUCUACUCGUUUGUUCAGCUAGAAUCGGCGACGAGAGACCUCAUUGAAGCCCUGAUUACUCGAUCCGAGACUUGGAGUGAGAAUCUAAACACUUAUGCUCUUUGUGCUAGCUUGUUCUGUCUUCUCUUUUACUCUUUCCUGUACACUGCCAAUAGGCCAGGAACGCCUGCCCGGGACCCAGAGACCGAUAUGGAAAUGAAGAAGGCAGUUGCCGGCAUCAAAUUCACCAUUGGUCUCGUGAUUGAUGGCUCGAACGGGAUCUUCAACGCCUACUCCAAUCGCGAUGACGUUUUGGAGCACUGUGCAGCAGUCUGGCCGUAUGCUCUCUUCCACACGAUGCAGCUUCUCUUCCACUACGACUCCCUCUUAGAAGGUGCAGACGACCUGAUGGCGGAGGUCAGACAGAACGUUGAGAGUACAACCAAAAGAUGGGCCUGUUCCCGGUGGCUUUUGGAAGAGUUCGAUAGGGUCCACGAGGCGAGAAGUACCGGCGUCAAAAUGUGCAAAAAGUGA